AUUUUGUCGAUGAUCUAUGUGACUUAUGAAUUUAAUAAGAACAUUUGUUUUCAAAGUAAUCUUACAAUUAGUAAAACAAAAGAUAUGAGAAUAACUAUACUUCGUUUAUAAUUUUGUGUCUCUUAAGUAAUAAUAAAAGUUGUGUAGUAGUAACCUAAACAAUAGGAAAAGUUUUUGACACGUAUAUAAUAAUGUGACUCUUAAUAAAUGUUACAACUUUGACGUCAAAUAACCUUUAAGUAUCAUACGUGAGAAAAGGAAAAAAUCAAAUUGACAGCAAUGACGGAUACUGUGUAUAAAUACAUGAAAGUACAAAACAGACCUUAUAGUAUAAAUGACUUAGUUUCAAAUCUCCAUAAUGAAUAUGGCAAAACAGCUGUACAAAAAGCUAUAGACAAAUUGGUGACUGAAGGGAAGAUAUUUGAAAAAGUCUAUGGAAAACAGAAAAUUUAUUGUCCAGUUCAGGAUUCGUCUCACGACAUAGAAGAAUUGAUGAGAAUAGACAAAGAAUUACAGGCCCAUGCUAAUGAAGUUGAAAGCAAGUAUCAAGAAUUUGAAAGAGAAAUCAAAGUACAAGAGGCUUUAUUAUCAUCUAUGAAGUCAUCCAUCACAAUCGAAGAAGCAAGAAGACAAAAAAUUGAACUUCAGAAGAGAAUAGCACUAUUGACAAAUAAAUUAGAUGGAUUAAUGGAGGCAAGCGGGACUGAAGACUUGACUGAAUGCAAGAAAAAAGCAGAGAAAGAACUAAACGAAUAUUCACGGGAAUAUGCAAAACGAAAGCGUUUGUGUACUGAAAUUUUAGAUUGUAUACUGGAUAAUUAUCCUGGUAGUAAAACUGAAUUAUAUGAAGAAAUAGGAAUAGAUCCAAAAGUUGUUCAAUGAUAUGUGCAUUAUCAAUUUUUGAAUGUAAUAAAUUGUAAAUUGUAUUUUA